UCAUACGGAAUCCCCACAGAAAGCCAUUUUGUUUUUCAGGACUCUUUGCAAGGGUACCCGGGGCGAAUUUGAACCAAGGCAGCAGCUGUGAUCACUGCAGUUCCAGCUUCUUCUCCGCGAUGUUGCCCUUCGCCAAAAAUGCACUAAGCCGUCUCCAAGUUCGAAGCAUUCAGCAAGUGGUAGCAAGGCAGAACCACCAGAAGCGGGCACCGAAUUUCCAUGACAAAUAUGGAAAUGCAAUAUUAGCUGGUGGAGCUCUCUUCUGUAUUUCUACAUGGACAUAUACAGCAACACAAAUUGGAAUAGAAUGGAACCUGUCUCCUGUUGGCAGAGUCACCCCAAAGGAAUGGAGAGACCAGUAGUCAUGCCAGCUGGUACAAUAAUCAAGGAAUUGUUUCAAAAUCAACAUAAGUGAUGCCAAGUCAAAGAAUCAUGUAUCCACUAAAAUAUGGCAUAUUGAAGAAAAAAUAAAGUUACCUUUCAAACCAUCA